AUGGCGGGCUUGGGGAUGCUGCCCAGGCGGUGGAGGCACCGCUGCUGCUCGCUGCUGCUGCCCGCCCUGCUGGUGAGCUGGGUGGCGUGCCAGGCUCCGCCGGUGCCGGCCGGGGAGCAGCCCUGGGACGGGCAGGAUGUGCACAUCGAGCGCAGCUUCGUGCCGGAGCAGUGUGCGCGCACGGUGCGCAGCGGGGACUUCGUGCGCUACCACUACCACGGCACCUUCCCCGACGGCAGCAAGUUCGACUCCAGCUAUGACAGGGGUUCCACAUUCAAUGCGUUUGUGGGAAAAGGCCAGCUUAUUGCAGGGAUGGACAAAGCUCUGGUUGGAAUGUGUGUGAACGAGAGACGUUUUGUGAAAAUUCCACCCAAGCUUGCCUAUGGGAGUGAAGGAGUUUCUGGUGUAAUCCCCCCAAAUGCAGUGCUUCAUUUUGAUGUACUUCUGAUAGAUCUUUGGAAUUCUGAAGAUGAGGUUCAAAUUCAAACUUAUUUGAAGCCUGAAAAAUGUACUCGGACAAUCCAGGUGUCUGACUUUGUAAGAUACCAUUACAAUGGAACUUUCUUGGAUGGGACUCUGUUUGACUCAAGCCACAAUCGGAUGAAAACUUACGACACGUAUGUGGGAAUUGGAUGGCUGAUUCCUGGUAUGGACAAGGGACUCCUAGGAAUGUGUGUAGGAGAAAAGCGCAUUAUCACAAUACCUCCUUACCUAGCAUAUGGAGAAGAAGGAGAUGGUAAAGAGAUUCCUGGUCAGGCUUCUCUGGUUUUUGAUGUGGCUCUGCUAGAUCUUCAUAACCCGAAAGAUGGCAUCACUAUUGAGAACCAACAAGUGCCUGAAUCCUGUGAGCGAAAAAGCCAGACAGGGGACUUUCUCAGAUAUCACUAUAAUGGCACGCUGCUGGAUGGCACAUUAUUUGAUUCCAGCUAUUCCCGGAACCAUACAUAUGACACCUACAUUGGGAAAGGUUAUGUGAUCGCAGGGAUGGAUGAAGGUUUGCUUGGGGUAUGCAUUGGGGAAAAGAGAAGAAUAAUAAUUCCACCUCAUCUUGGAUAUGGAGAAGAAGGAAGAGGAAAGAUUCCAGGAUCUGCAGUACUGGUUUUUGACAUCCAUGUGACUGACUUCCAUAACCCUUUGGACUCUGUCAACAUUACUACUCAUUACAAACCUUCCAAUUGCACAGUAUUGAGUAAGAAAGGAGAUUACUUGAAGUACCACUACAACGCCUCACUCCUGGAUGGCACGUUGUUAGACUCAACGAUUAGUCUUGGUAAAACGUAUAAUAUAGUUCUGGGAUCUGGACAGGUUGUUUUGGGGAUGGACAUGGGUCUUAGAGAUAUGUGCGUUGGAGAGAGACGAACAGUUAUUAUUCCGCCCCAUCUUGGUUAUGGAGAAGCUGGUGUUGAAGGAGAAGUUCCUGGUAGUGCAGUAUUAGUUUUUGACAUUGAACUGCUGGAACUAGUGUCUGGCUUACCUGAUGGCUACAUGUUUGUCUGGCAUGGUGAUGUCUCUCCAAAUCUCUUUGAAGAAAUUGACAAGGAUAAUAAUGGAGAAGUUUUUCUGGAGGAGUUUUCAGAAUACAUUCAAGCUCAGGUUGAUUCUGGCAAAGGAAAACUAGCUCCUGGCUUUGACUCUGCAAAGAUUGUUAAAAAUAUGUUCACAAAUCAGGACCGAAAUGGAGAUGGCAAGAUUACAGCUGAAGAAUUCAAACUGAAAGACCAAGAGACCUCAGAGGGACAUGAUGAACUGUAA